CCGCCGCCCGCCCUCUCUAUGGUGCCCGCCCCGCACCGCCGGCAGCCUGCGGCAGCACCAGCGCCCGCGCCUCCACGCCAUGCCGGCUGGCGGGUCCCGGCCGCCCGAGCCGCCGCGGAGCUGAGAACUGCUAAAUAUAUGCUGAAUCUUUCAUGCAUAAAGGACUACCUCUUUAUGACCUGGUCAUUAUCUUUGACAAACUGAUGAAACCAUAGGAAAAUGGCCUAAAAAUAUCUGGAGGGAGAUUAAGUGGUUCAACAAGUAACGCUCUAAUGGAUGACAGAGACUUUCCACCAAAUGAUCUGCAAAUAGACUCAAAGGACAGUCUUCCUGCUAACUAUAGGGUAGAAAGUUUGGCAUCUCAUUUGAUUCCUUCAGCUGAUGAAAAUGAAAAUCAACUUGACAGUGAUGGGAAUGAAGUUCUGAUCAGUAGUAGCAUUGCUAUGGGACGACAAGAUAAAGGUGAACAGGAUAACAUCAAUAAUAAUGAGAAUAUGGACAGUGGAGACUGGAUCCCAAGCUGUAAGGAAAGUGAGACUGAGAGAAGCUCUGUAAAUGUCCAUAUGGACCCUCAGCUGGAGGAAAAGCCUAUUACAGAAAAACAGCCAGGUGGAAAAAGAAGUCCAAGAAGCAAAAGAAGCUCCAAUAAAAAAGCUAAAGGCAUUUCUACAGUGGGAACCACAACGAUCCAGGAUGAAAAUGCUCUUAAUACAGAUACAGAUUUCGUUCAGGCUGAAAGUGCUGUUGAAGUAAAGGAAAAUUUUCAUCCAGAAGACCAAAACCAAACAUUGCAGUCUCUUUUCUCUUUGCUCCGUGAAGAGGUUGAGCAGAUGGAUUCAAAGAUACUGCCCCUGUGUCUCCAUCAGAUAGCUGAGACCUAUUUUCAAGAGGAGGAAUAUGAGAAGGCCAUGAAGUUCAUUCAGCUUGAACGACUUUAUCAUGAGCAGCUGCUUGCAAAUCUGUCUUCCAUACAGGAACAGUGGGAAAGAAAAUGGAAAACAGCAGUUCCCAGUCCAGUUACAACACUGAGGAAUUCAGAUAAAGAACUGAGUGGCCAAGAAUUGGAAAAGCUUACUAGAGUUUGCUCCUCUCAUCAACAGCCACAGGCAUCCAAAAAUAAGCUAGUAGCUGCAGAAAAUACAUGGGAAAGCAGUUGUUUACCUCAGUUAAUGGCAUCCAGAACUUUAAAGGAAAGAGAAGCUACUGCUUUUAAAUCAGGUACUGAAACUUGUCCUGGCAUUACACCAAAGAAAGAAGAUAAACAGCUGAGCGCUGUUUGCCCAGGUGAAAACAAAACUGAGAGACAGACAGAGGCAGCAAGUCUUCGGGUAGCUGCAGGAAAGGACCACAUGGAGGAGCAGCACUGCAGUGCUGAAUCAACAUUGGAGCCACACACCCAGUCCACAGGGACAGUGGGCAGGCCUUCCUCGGGCUGUUUAUCAUCUGGGGAUGCUGGUAAAGAUAACAGUCUGCAGCUGGGGGAAAGACAGCUCUCCAAGGAUGCAGUGAAAAUAGAAGGGGCUGGGGAGCCUGGAGUGAAACUCCCUCUUGAGCCAAUGGUAGAUGCUUUGGCUUUAACAGAUGAUGAUUAUAUGCCUACUGAUUUGGUUCCUUCUGAUAAAGAUGUGCCAGCUGAUAGAAGUCUGCUCAGAUCAAAACAUGCUGCUGGGUCUUCAGAAAUUCCUAGUGGCCAGCUUGGAAAUAGUGGCUUAAAGCAGCAACAGAUACAGCCUGAUGACAAUGAUGAACAGUCUUCAUGGGACAGAACUGCCUCAGGUGAAUGCUCUGGGUGUAAUGAAGUGUCUGAGCAUGAGAGUACUGACCAUUCACGGGUGUGCAAGGAAAUACAGAGAGCAGCAGGACAGGAGGAGAAGGUCAAUAAUGAACAAGAAGACUUAUUUCUGAGAUUUUUGAAUGGUAACAUAAUAGACACUGAAGAAUCUGCAGACUUAGGAAAUCAAGAGGACUUUGACACUGUUCCAGAUAUUUCACCUGAACGAGCAUCUUGUAACUCCCUGGAAGCUUUAUCACUAGAUGACAGCUUUUCUUCUCUUGAUGAACUUACAAGAAGGAUAGAGAUUACUGAGAUUACCCCAGUGGAAGGAUUGGUGUCUAUACUAAAGAAGAGAGAUGACAGAGAUGGAAAAACAAUUGCUCAAGUCCAGCAAAGGCAAACAAAAAGAAGAGUGAGAUUCCAAGAAAUGGAAGACACAUUGGAUCAAGAUGAAGUGUCUGGUGGCUCCUGUAUUUUGCUGAUCCUGCUGUGCAUAGCAACUGUUUUCCUUAGCAUUGGAGGAACUGCACUGUAUUGCACCUUUGGUGACAUGGAAUCCCCUGUGUGUACUGAUUUUGCAGCCAACAUGGAUUUCUAUUAUACACAGAUACUGCAGCGUGUGGAAGAACUCAAACACUGGAUAGCCUUCUCAUAGCUGAAAGGAGUGGACACAGCACACUGAGAGCUCACCAGUGGUUACUGGAGAGAGUAGAACAAAAUUGUGAUUUCAAGUUCUUUAACACUUGCCACCUGCAGGUGAUGCGUAUUUGAUGAUAUACUUUCACAUUUACUUAGAAAUCAAGAAAAUUUUAGUUUAGCAAUCAGGUGGCAAAAUGUUCACAUCAGUUCACAAGUGUAGCAGCGUGGUAUGGGAGCAUAAAAAGUUAUUAUCUUCAUCCUUUUGAAAGUAGGCAAGUAGCUUUUCAUCCACUAGAGCAAGUGAAGAAGAAGGAAGAAAAUUAACUGUCUUCUGUAUUCUCUCCCAUUGCCACACAUUGUGUAAGCAAUCUCUGGAAGCUUAGUAAAAGGACAGCUUUAAUUUACAGCUGUUUGUGCAAAGGUGUUGCCUCCAGCUAUCAUGCAAUAAGUCUUUGUUUUUUGGAAAUAUUAUUUUUUUCUAAGUCUUAAUGUUUUUAUCCAUUUUAUUUCUCCUGGUGAGCCAUGUAAUUAUUUGGGUGGAGUGAGAAGAGUGAAGUGGCAUUCACAGAGCCCUCAUUUGGUAAUUACCAGGGUGACCCUGUAUCUUACAGCUUGCAGUGAGUAUCAUGAAUGGGAUAAAUCUGCUGGCAGAUUUCACUAAAUUUCUUAGACCUUUGCUCUCAGUAUCAUGUGGGUUGUUUUAGAAAUGGAAGGUUAAAAAAUAAAACACUGGUCUCACUAAACACAGAAACAAAAAGAUGUUUACUAAAUUAUUCACAUUAAAUAAUCAAGUGGCUUUGGCUCAUUUUAAAGCACCUGGUAGCAGGUGUGGGGCUAACUGGGUUUUCCUCCAGCUAUGUCACUGACUUGGAGUAAUCACUUUGUGCCUCAGUUUCUCCUCCAUAAAUGGGGAAUAAUGAUCCUUGCCUUUGUCUAUGAAUAUUUAUUGGAAUUAGGGCUCAUGUCUGAUUCAUCCCAAAUGAGUGUGCAGGAUCACAGAACUGUGUGGCUGCAGCCUCUGUCAAUGAGUAAAGGUUGUGUCAAGGUGCACUGAUCCAACAGAAGAGGUUCAGAGGUUCACUGCAGAUCCACAGCCUGUUGGUAUUCCAGGGCACUUGUUCCAGCUGAUAAAGCACAUUGGCAUUUAUUUGCCCUGCAGUUCUGAGACCUGUAUUGUAAAAUCUGUUCUUUCUCUAUCAGCUUUACAAAGAAAUUUAGAUCAGUACAAAGAGUCAUUUUAAGUGAGUAUUUCUAUCACUUGGUGCUCAGCCCUCCCUGUGUGGUGGUGAGAGAAACACUGGCAGGACAGUGAAGGUGAGAAUUAGAUACACAGGCCUUUGGGCCACGCUCUGCUCGAGAUGUGGCAGCUGUUCUUGCACAGAGCACAGUGGUGCAGCCCUGCUGACGGUGUGAGUGUGAAACGAUUCCUUUACACCUCAGGAAACAGCAUUUUUGAGGGACCCACUUCACUCCACUCUGUGAUUUCCUGCUUAUUAACCUUGUAUGAUGCAGUGUGUUCAGGUUUAGGAUAUUAUUUUGUAAAAUGCUAUGAAGUGAAAUCUUUGAGAUACUGCUCAGAAUUAUAACAUUCAAGAUCAUGCUUUUUGACAUUUGCAAGCAAAUUGUCCCUCUGGUGAGCUUGAUUGUUCCUAAUGCACUGUUAUACUUAACGGGGUUUUAAAGUUAAAAUCAUGUUUUUUCUAGAAUAAACUGCAUGUAUGAUUUCUCUUUUGGUUUUCACUGUGGAGGCUUAGUUUAUUUAUACCCUAGGGAGCCUCAUGUGCAGCUUUAUACUAAAUUAGCAAAUUUCAAAUGCCCAAAUUACUGAAAACUUUUGCUUUUAGAAUGAAACUUGAGAAUGGUAGUUUGGGGGUUGUUUGUUUGUUGUCCUCAAGAGUAUCAUAAUGCUGGGCUACUCUAAAGGAGAAAGGGAAAGACACUUCUGUGUUUUACUGGCUGGUUCAGUUUAUUAUUUGAAUUCUGGGGUUUUUUGUUUAUUUAUUUAGUUUUUCUUUUAAAGAGCAGCUUAAUUUUCUAUUUUGGCAAUUUACUCACUGAGUAAUUAAAAAGCAUGCUUUCAGUUAAAGUAUGUAUUUAUAGUGACUAUGUAGUAACUUGGCAUUGAGUGUUUCUGGAUAUUAAGUUUAUUCCUAAGGAGACAACUGUUCAUUUCAGCUUAAAAAAUUAUAUUUUUAACUUUUUGUGCACUUCAUCACUAAAAAGAUCAAGAGGUAUUUAUAGAUCUAUUUAUUCAAAAGUAUAUCAGACAUGGAUAUCAAAGAUCCACAACUUCUAGGUUCAUUUAAUUAAAACUAUUUUAAAGCAAUUAUUUUAUUUGAAACUAUAAAGCUAUUUAAAGUCAAAGCAAUUUUUAAUAAGUAUUUCAGUUUCAAAUCAGUGAUCCAAAUCCUGGUCUUUUCUCUUUGUGCUAUAUUCCUGGUGCAAAGACUCACAAGUAUCAGCAGAACUGCCUAUGAGAUCGUGAGGAGGUUGGGCAGCACGUCACCAACGCGUACGCACUGAGAAGCGAGCAGCCAGACGUUCUGUGUCACUCAGACACCCCACCCUUGUGACGUGGAGCAUCUCUUCAGCCUUCCCCAGCUAUGCCAAGGUAGCAGCCCUGCAAAGCCUCCCAGCAUCUGAGGGAGCAGAACAGGCACCUAUGCACAGGCUGUCCAGCUCCUGAUCUGCGCUGCUCACUCCUCAGUUACAGCCAAGGGUUCAAAUCUGGAUCCAGUUUCUGUUGGCAUUCCUUUUUGAAAAGCUGAUGGUGCAAAUUCAUGCUUUGUUUGACAAUUCUGUUAGUGCAAAUGGUCUGUAGUACAAGAUCAAACUUGCAGCUAUCAACAGAACCAAAUUUGCUUUGCAUUGGAACUCCAAAGAGUGUGCAGGCUGGCCUGAUGUUGGCUUUCCUAUGUGUUCUCUUCUCUUUGGAAUACUGGUGACACUGCUUCCAGCUGGGUGACCUGAGAGCUUAGGAUCCUGCAGACAUGUGAAUCAAAGCAAAAAGAAACAGUGGAUUUGAACAGUUACUACUCAUCUGAGUGUUUGAGGUAAAAUAAUAUCAAGCAACAGCUAAGAUUGUUUCAGGAGAAGGAAAGCAGUGGAAAAAGGCUUCCCCUUCACACACACACUGAGUGCAUUUUAAAGUCUUUUGCAUGUAACUUUUUAUUCAUUGUUUCCUUCCCUGCCACUGUCUUUAUGGCUGUUCUGCUUGGCAAUAGGGCGACCAUACUGUGCUGAGUUGAAAACAUUUAGAAUUGGUAGGAAAAUUCAGGAAAUGGUUCCAUACUUGAGAAUAGUUUAAAAAACUUUUCAUAAAAUAUGACUGGAUUUCAGGCUGCUAGUGUACCACAGAAGUUGUGCCACUUAAUCACCUGCAGCACUCUGCUAGAAACCCCCACCUUCCUGUUUAUUCUUUGAGCAUAAUUAUUUCAAAGAGAUUCUUGUGAUAAAGAAAAAACCAACAAGGCUUUUUAUGUAGAUUCAGCAUUAUGCUGCCAAAAGAUCUGACCACAUAAUUAACACCCUCACCCCAAACAGCCUAGACUAGACCAAGAAAGGCACUGUGCUGUAGUGUAGCCACAGUAUACUACAGGCUUCUUCUCAAGACAGUGUAAGGAAAUAGACAUUCCACAGCCCAAGUAUGCCAGCAGAAGUUUGUGAUCUCGACACAGGCUGUGUUUUAAUUUUUUUUUUUCCAUUAUCUUUGCUUUCAUACCUGGAAAAUGCAUAGUAGCCCUGGUGACAAGCAGUAGGAAGUAUUGUAACAAAAAGGGAAACUCUCAUUUAGGGUUCUUGGUAGUAAAGGGCAAGUUUGAGCUAUCAAGUAAACAGAGUACAUUGGAAGUCCAGAUUCUUGUGUGACUGGGUACUGUUCCACUCAAUAACCUAAAGGGAUGAUCCUCCUAAGGAAACGUGUUUGUCUGCUUUGUACUGUAAUGUAAAACCAAGAACAUCUGAAAGGAAUCAAAGUUAUUUGUAACAAAUUUAUCUUAAGCUUCUUUUAGCAAAAGGAGUAAAUAACUGUCUUUGAAAGUCACCCAAGCUUGUAAUUUACAUACUGUAGCAAAAAAAUAAAAAUAAAAACUGUCCCAAAGAAAAUACAUGAA